AUGGGCAAUUCCUGCAGUGUGGUAUGGGCUACCCAAACUCAAUGCUGACCCUCCGCGGCCUCACGUCUUACGAGAAUAUGCGCUGACCGAAAGCCUCUCGCAAUAGAGCACGAGUCCCAGCGGCGAUGCGAAUGUCGGCGCUUCGCAGAGCUCCAAGAACAACUCCAACUCAGCUUCGUCAGUGGGAACCACCAUCGUCGUUGGUAUGUCUUGUCCUACACCCAACCCUAACAACAACUUCACCUGAUUCACUCAACAGUCGGCGUCUACGCCAUCAUCUGGGCCAUUCUGUUCUUGAUUCUAAGAAACAAAUUCCCCCGCUAUUACAGACCUCGUACUUUCGUCGGCAGUCUACGAGAAGAAUCGCGCUCUCCUCGCCUCAAAGAUGGCCUGUUCAACUGGCUGGGAGAAUUCUGGUCCAUCCCCGACACUUACAUCCUCAAUCACCACACUCUGGACGGCUAUCUCUUCCUUCGACUCCUCAAGGUCGCUUCCGUGAGCUGUUUUGUUGGCUGCAUCAUCACUUGGCCGGGUAAGUCGUUCCCACCACUGAAACUGACGGAGCAUGGACCACGAGUAGUGCUUGCUCUCACGUUAUAGUUGUACCAUCUGCUGACAUGUGCUGAAGUCUUGUUCCCCAUCAAUGCGACCGGUGGCGGUGGGAAGAAGCAGUUCGAUCUCCUCACAUUCGCCAACGUUACCAACAACUACUACAAGCACUUCGCUACUGCAGGAUGCGCCAUCAUCUUCUUCGGCUUCAUCAUCUACACAAUCACUCGUGAAUCCAUCUUCUACAUCAACCUGCGCCAGGCCUACCUCAUGUCGCCAUUGUACGCCAGCCGCCUCUCUUCUCGAACCGUCCUCUUCACCUCCGUCCCCGAAGACUACAUGGACGAAGCCAAGCUUCGACGCGUGCUCGAUCCUGGUGUACGCCGAAUCUGGCCCGCUUCGGAUUGCGAAGAGUUACAGGACAAGGUUGAAGAGCGUGACAAUGCUGCGAUGAAGCUGGAGGCCGCUGAGACCAAGCUCAUCAAGACUGCGAACGGCAAUCGGUUGAAGGCGGAGAAGAAAGGCGGAAGAUCGAAUUCUGAAGAGGCGGCCAUCGGAGAAGCCAACUCGACUGCCGCGCAAUACCUCAAGCCCAAGGAGCGUCCAACCCACCGCCUGAAGCCCCUCAUUGGCAAGAAGGUCGACACGAUCGAUUGGUGCCGUGCUGAGCUUAAGAAGCUCAUUCCGGAGGUUGACGCUGCCCAGGCCAAACACAAGGCUGGCGACGCCAAACUGUUGAACUCCGUCUUCGUGGAAUUCGACACGCUUUCCACAGCACAGGCCGCUUUCCAAAGUCUGACGCACCACCAGAUCCUUCAGAUGUCGCCACGCUUUGUCGGAAUGAGUCCGGAGGAAGUCAUCUGGUCCAAUCUCAAGAUCAAGUGGUGGGAGCGAGUCAUUCGUCGACUUGCGACCAUCUCCUUCGUCGUUGCGCUCGUCGUUUUCUGGUCGAUCCCGGUCGCCGUUGUUGGUUCCAUCUCCAACAUCAACUACCUCACGAGCUGUUUGCCCUGGCUGGACUUCAUCAACAGCAUUCCGAGCGUCAUCUUGGGUGUCGUUACUGGUCUGCUUCCAACCAUUCUUCUGGCUGUGCUGAUGGCGCUUUUGCCCAUCAUCUUGCGUCUCAUGGCCAAGAUUGGUGGCGCUCCUACACUGAGUGCGGUCGAGCUCACCGUGCAAAACUACUACUUCGCCUUUCAGAUCAUUCAAGUCUUCCUGGUUGCUACCUUGGGCUCGGCUGCGUCCUCCGUCAUUCAGUCUGCGAUCAAGAACCCAGCUUCCGUAACGACAGUCUUGGCCCAGCAGCUUCCUCUGGCGAGCAACUUCUACCUGUCAUACUUCAUUCUCCAGGGUCUUGGAAUUGUCUCCGGUCUGCUGGUGGGCCUCGUCGGUCUGGUUCUUUUCAUGGUUCUCGGAAAGGUCUUGGACAAGACGCCCAGAAAGAUGUACAAGCGCUGGAUCUCCCUUUCUGGCAUUGGAUGGGGAACGCUCUUCCCCGUCUACACUAACUUGUUUGUCAUCGCCAUCUGCUAUGCCGCAAUCGCGCCAUUGGUCCUGGGAUUCGCAUGCAUUGGCAUGUUCCUGUUCUACUUCGCCUACAAGUACAACCUGCUCUUCGUGUCGAAUGCCGUUAUUGACACAAAGGGUCUGGUCUACCCACGUGCUCUCCAGCAGCUGUUCGUUGGGCUGUAUGUUGCCGAGGUGCGUAAAGUCAGUCUCCUGUUGUCGAGGCCUCACUUACUGACAAGGUACAGGUUUGCUUGAUUGGUCUCUUCGCCAUCGCGACGGCAUCCAGCAUCGGAGCUUUGGGACCACUGAUCUUGAUGAUCAUCAUGCUCAUCUUUACAGCUCUCUAUCAGAUCAGCCUGAACGACGCCAUGGCACCGCUACUCCAAUAUCUGCCCAAGACUCUCGAUGCCGAGGAACGCCACCUCUUGGAGAUCGAAAACGGUGCUCAGGAUGGUCAGGUGGCCGAGGGAGACAAGUACGCAGACGGCGCUGGAAAAGAAGGCAAAGUCGCCAACAGCAGUCACGAAGUCGGCGCCGCUCCUCGGAAGAAGCCCAAUUUCAUCAUCAAGUGGCUGCGUCCGGACAUCUACACGGAUUACAAGACCAUGCGCCAACUCGUCCCGAAGGAGAUCGCGAUCCACUAUACCCCGGCGACGGAAGAGAAUGCUUUCUACAACCCUGCCAUCACCAGCCAGACACCACUGCUCUGGAUUCCGCGCGACCCUGUUGGUAUGAGCAGACAGGAAGUCCAUGAUACCGGCAAGGUGAUUCCGAUUACGGACGAGGGCGCUUACCUGGAUGAGAAGAAUAAUGUCUGCUGGGAUGCCGAAGAUGGCCGACCGCCGAUCUAUGAGGAGAAGGUAUAUUACUAG